AUUUGGUGAACGGAGCACUAUCGACUAAAUGAGUUUACGAAGAGGUUGCGUUUAUGGACGCAAUGAAGUAACAGGAGUAUUUACGAAUAAGAAAUGUUUGGCAUUUAAGGCAAUCCUGUAUGCAGAAUUUCAGGAUAUUUGGCAGCACUCUUUAAAAUACAUUGCCGGUUUCUUAUUUAUUUCAAGAAACAAGAAGGAAGUAGGUAAAUUUUUCUUUUUUUUUUUUUUAAAUUCUUAUAUAUUUUCUUUUCAGGUUUACGAAAGACUUUGCGGCGGGGUGCCCGCCAGGCCGAGCACCAAGCGCCCCAAGCGCGGUUCAAAAAAAAAAAAAAAGGAGCAGAAAGAAGAAACGAGGAGCGCCGCUCCAAUUGCAGAGUACAGAUCUACGACAUAAAAUUGAGCGACUUAAGCGCCGCAGAAAUAAUAACACUCCAAAGAAACGGCGCAGAAACCAAAAAAAUAUCCAAAUAAAUAUCCAAAUAAAUAUGUAAUGUGGCAUUUUUACAAGGAACACCUAUGAAAUUCUCUGCUAAAAUAAAAUUGUU